CGCAUUUCACGUGAGGAAAAAGCGAAAGGCCAAAAAGCAGACUAAAUUUCGAGAUCCAGCCGGAGUUGUGUCAGAUCGGAACUCCAACGAUGGCGUCAACGUUCAGCGGCGAUGAGACUGCGCCGUUCUUCGGCUUCCUCGGGGCCGCCGCUGCCCUCGUCUUCUCUUGUAUGGGAGCUGCCUACGGAACGGCUAAAAGUGGAGUUGGUGUUGCAUCCAUGGGAGUGAUGAGGCCAGAGCUGGUUAUGAAGUCUAUUGUGCCUGUUGUUAUGGCUGGAGUGCUGGGUAUCUAUGGGCUGAUUAUCGCUGUCAUCAUCAGCACUGGGAUUAAUCCGAAAGCCAAGUCUUAUUACCUUUUCGAUGGUUAUGCACAUCUUUCAUCCGGUCUUGCUUGUGGCCUUGCUGGACUAUCCGCUGGAAUGGCAAUUGGAAUUGUUGGUGAUGCUGGUGUCAGAGCUAAUGCCCAGCAGCCAAAACUUUUUGUUGGAAUGAUCCUAAUCCUCAUUUUUGCGGAAGCCCUGGCCUUGUACGGCCUCAUCGUGGGCAUUAUCUUGUCUUCUCGGGCAGGCCAGUCCAGAGCCGAGUAAGAAGUAAGAGCUGUCCUAUGUUCACAAAUUUGGUCAUUUUAUUAUUGGUCUUAUCUGAGGUGAAGGUAUGUGGCUGGUUAGAGUUGCAGAUCACAUCCAAUAUGCUCAUAUUCUUGUUCUUAUUGUUGAAAUGAGUUGAGAAUAUCAUUAUUACUCUUCCUACUUGUGAUUUGUAGUUGAGCACCAAAUUGUCAGACUUCCGUGACGAUCUUAUUUUAUGUAGAGUAUCACCGAAUCUCAUUGCUCAUUAUGUAUUUGCUUUCCAAUGUGUUUCAUCGGGC